UUUUACUUACAAGGUGGAUAGGAGCAAAUACGAAUGACCAUCAACCUGAGCAUUCGUUACUGUUUUAUCGUUCUUAGUUAGAUAAGCCUUGGUGGAAUAAGGUAAUCAUGCUUUAUCAUAUUUUAACAAGUUAAAUUUUUUCAAUGUAAAUGGUCGCUAAUUGCAUCAUUUGAAUGAAUAUAGGUUACUUGGGAUCCAUCCACGUGAAGUGGUCGAACUGCAUCAUCUUAGACACCCUCUGGAUCACGAGACGUGGUUGUGCAAGGUGCCAUUGAUCUGCUGGCACAUCAUGGAGUGGCACCUACCCGAUCGAUCCUUGAGGCAAUAUCGAAUGGAGCAACCAAUUCCACAAACCCAGCCUCAAGGUUUCAAGGAGCUCCAUGCCAUCGACCUCCGACACGCGGCAAAGAAUUGACUCCUAAAGCAUAAGUUCUACAUCAACAUCUGGGAGAAUAGAGGGACAUGGGUGGUCCAAGGGAUGCUGGAGACGAGAUCGAUGGGCUACCAUGAUGGGUACAUGCAGUGGUAUCGGAAGUUCACCAAUAGAUGGGUGUCAAAGCAAGGUGUUGUGAUGAGUUCGUUGGUUGAUGGUUUGGAACACGCCAAACACACCCUCGAUAGUGCUCCAACCAUGGAUGAGCGCAAAACUUCUUGGGUGCGAAGGCUUAUGAACAACCUCUUGAGUUGUACCCGAGAGCAAAGGAGGGAUGUCGUGGCCUAUCCUCCCAUUCCCGUUCCGACACGCCCAUCAUUCCGUGAUGGUGAGCCCAUUGUGCCCCCGGUUGAGCCCCCAAGAAGGAGCAAACGCAAGCCUCUGCCUACUUUCAAAGAGGUGCGUACAACUCAAGCAACCGAGCUCCCUGAACCAUUUGAGUACGAGUGGGCACCUGCACCGGAUGUCGCUGGAGGUUCAUCUCAGCAACAGAUUCCAAUGUAUUAGACCCCGUACCAACAAACCCCUCACCGCCCGAUCUACCAGCAGGCUAUCGGUCCAUCUCAGCAACCUCCACCGCCACUUGUAACUCCAGUAGGGGCUCGGGUUAAGGGACAUCCGCGACAAGUCGUUGAGCGAGCCCGCCAAGAAGCAGAAGGAGGAGGUGGAAGAAGGGGUCGAGGACGUCGUGGAGGACGAGGCAGAGGGCGAGAUAGGGGCCAAAGUGAGGGGCAACCAAAUGAAGACAACCAGUGAACUAUCCGUGCUUUCUUUUAUUAUUCUAGUGUUUUGUCAUUGUAGUGAACUAUCCGCAUUUAUUUGAAUUUUUCGGUCUUGUGAUUUGAGUUUUCAUUGUCGUUGAACUAUCCAUGUUAUGUUAGUCAACUGUCUAAUUGGACCACAUUCUAAAUUUAUUCCAAAUUCAUGACAAGGCAAAACAUGGAUACAAUUUAAACAAGCUUACAAACGAAAACAUCGGCCAUAUUUGCUACGAUAAGUACUUCAUAACAUAACAAUAUAACUACUAAAAACAACCAUUAGGAAUUAAUACGAAAAUUAAAUCAUACAGUAAAUUCCUGUUCUGUGUAUGUUGCUCGGUUUUGGUUGCUGAAAUUUGAAGAGGGGGGAGUGGUUAUGUUUUUACAACUGCUGGUGGUGUGGUAUUUAUAGAAAAAUUGGCUAAUAUUCACCGUCUUUGUCAUACACGGUGAACAUCAUCACCGUGUUUGUCUCAAACGGUGAACAUUAGGUAGUUGUGACCUAAUUUUCACCUACCUGGGUUGAGAAACGUGGGAAAUAAUCACCGCCUUAGCCUGAGGCGGUGAAGAUGUUCCUCGCUUUGCCCUAAGACGGUGACGUUUUCACCGCUUUUAACUUAAACGGUGAUGUCUUCACCGUUUUUGUUUAACGCGGUGAACACUUCACCGCUUUAUACAAAAACGUUGAACACGUCAUCGUUUUAUUUUAAAACGGUGAAAUGUUCACAGUUUUUGACAAAUGCGGUGAUUAUAUUCACUGCGUUUGUCAAAAACGGCGAAUGCCAAACAUGUGUAGUUUUGAAAUUUUUUUUAUAACUUAUGUAUUUUGAGAAUUUUUUUUAAGAACUAGUGUACUUUUAGAUUUUUUCCCAUUUGAAGGUACCUACGUGAGAUAGUUAAUGGUUAACGACAGUUCACUCCUCGAGAAGGCAAUUUAGCAGCUCCAAUCAUGUCCCAUUUGAAAGUGAGAUAGUUAAUGGUUAACGACAGUUCACUCCUCGGGAAGGCAAUUUAGCAGCUCCAAUCAUGUCCAAUUUGAAAAUAAGGUGGAACAGGAGGGUGAUUUGGUUUGAUAAGUCUCCUCUCUUUUUACUGAUUAGUUAAAGCUGAACGAUGUAGCCACCUGUCCUGUCCUGAUUAUUAGUGUUCAUAAAAUGCUAAUAAGAAAAUGACUUGGAGAAUUCAUACUGACAAGUAACAGGAGGUUAAUUCUCUAAACAUUGUUUUUUUUUAAUUUACCACACAUAUUGCGGUUUAAAAAAUUAUUGACAUAAAU